AUGGCUUCCACUAGGUUUCACCAUUCAGCAGUUGACGUCCUGAACCUUGCGGCUCGUCGGGCGCACAUGCAUGCGUUUUUCAUGCACCUUGGGGUCUGGGACAGCGCCAAGGUCGCAAGGACUCGCGAGAAGUGCGUCGAGUUAUUUUGCAAGUUCCUACAUGAACAGGGUUAUGUCUCCAUUUCUCACGACUACUUUGAGUACGAGGUGGACGCCCUUGUCUGGGACAAUUAUCUCAAACGCAAGAAGAUUUUGACCAAGGCUAAUGAGUGGCCUUGGUCAGAGACCGUACCCAGAAAACACGACCCGACGACCCAAAAUUCUCUGGUCUACAAAGACUGGCUUCGCCGCGAUCCGCUUGUCAAGGUUGAAGACGAUGACGUGGAAAACACCCCACCAAACGCCCCCGAAGGCCAAGAAAACGAAGUCCCUGCUACCCUGGUGGAUGGAAAGGGUAUCAAAGAAGAAAAGGACCAGUUUUGA